UACGAUACAUUGAUGCAGUUAGACAUCCAAAACACCGUGCAUAAGGGUGAAACACUUUCAGGAUAAUAUCGACACGUCCUUCGAAAAUGUCUCGAACAUGUUCAUGGUCAGAGGCUCUCACUCGUUGAAUCGCUGAGGAACUGACUUCAUGUCGGAGCUGAUCAGAAGAUGGAUGAACAGGAAAGAUGUCAUGGCUGGGGAAGCUUAACAAAGGGGAUAUGAAACGAAGACAGGGUGUGUCAGGGCCAGGACCAGGACGGAGCAAUCUGGGUUCUCAGGACGAUCGUCGAGGAAGUCAAGGAAUUGUAGUUACAAGCACACACUCGCCGCAGUGAUUCCUAUCGCCAAAUCUUGGAAUCAGAAGGAGACGAUGGGCCAGAGAAAAAUGUCGAGCCAAGUAGACGACACUGUCAUUUUGGGGGACUACGAAAAUCAUCCACCAGACACGGCGAAUCUCGCUCUCUUUACGUACUUCCUGUUGGGAAUCGGCUGCAUACUGCCAUGGACCACUUUCACCACAGCUGUCGAUUAUUUCGAGUACCUGUUCCCGGACUCACAAAUCUCCCGAGUCUUCGUCGCCAUCUACCAGUGCUCCUUCUUCGUCUCUUUGAGCUUGAUGCUCAGGUUCGGACUCCACAUCCCCAGUCGAGUUCGCAUCAAUGCCGGCCUCCUCAUGCUCCUGGUUCCCAUGCUCCUAGUCCCGGCCGUGAACGCCUUCAUCAUCCGCGAAGAUGCAGACAGGAACAAUCCCCUGGCACGCACAUUGACGCUCAUACUCAUCGGUCUGUCUGGUGUAGGAACCGCUGCGAUGGAGGGUAGUGCGACAGGAGCAGCGGGCCAGCUCCCGCAGAGAUUCAUGAAAGCUGUGGUCUCGGGAGGAGGAGCUUGCGGGGUGCUGGUAUCGUCACUGAGAGUUGUAACCAAAGCUGCUCUGCCUCAGACUCCAGAUGGCCUGCGGACAAGUGCCAAUUUGUACUUCGUAGUGACUUCGGUCAUUCUGCUGCUGUGCUUCGUCUCUUACAAUCUCAUCCACAGGCUGCCAUUUAUGAUUCACUUCACAGCACUGAGAGCCGCCAUCAACGAAGAGAAAUCCGAGGCCAAGCUCCCUAGGAGGCAGGAUUUGGAGACGGAAGUCACCAGCAGCUUGCUAGUGAAUGGCGAUCGGGAGAGGGCGGAGGGCGGUGGCUUGGUCGCGACGCUGGCAACCGUGAAAUGGUACGCAGGCUGCAUCACCUUGACAUACAUCAUCACCCUGACCAUUUUCCCUGGCUUCCUGGCCGAGGACGUGCAGUCGUCGAUCUUGAAGGACUGGUACCCCGUUCUGCUGAUUUGUUCCUACCAGUGGAGCGAUCUGCUUGGCAAGCUCUGCACCACGCUCUACAUUCCCAAGCUUUUGAGGACGCUGGUGCUGGGCUCCCUCGCCAGGCUUCUGUUUCUUCCGUUGUUUGGGGUGAUCCUGCACGGACCCGGGGCUUUCAGGACCGAGGCCUCUGUGUUUCUGUCGACUUGUCUGCUCGGAUUCACUGGCGGUUACUUGGCCGCGUCCAAUUUCGUCCUCGCUCCCAAGCUCGUUACGUUCGCUCAAGCCGAAAGUGUGGGUGUGAUCAUGGACCUGUGUCUCGGAUUGGGCGUCUCCUUGGGUUCUGUUUCGACGUUUGUCUUCACAUUGUAGGAAUGCAGUUGCCGAAGUACCUCGGUGUUUUAUUCAGCUCUUCGAAGACCGGGCAGCUCAGCUCCUCCAAGUGUUGUGUAGCUGGAAUGGGGUUUGACCUGGCCUCCCUUCCAACAUUUCAUGUUUUCACCUGCGGAGAUCGACGAGUUCCUGGGUGCUGUUAUUCGUGGUUGGCAAUUCAGUGACAUACGUUUGAAGCCAUUCUUUAUCGGCCACAUGCAGUAGAUAGAAAGACCAUUGAUGAUGGUAUUCUUUGUGAAGAUAUAGUCUCAACGAGGGUGUGUGUGAAAUCUUCAUCGUAGUAUGAUGUUCAAAAUAUAAUUUCAUUUACAAAAGAAAGUCCGCUUUAUCUUUCACCGUGCACUACCAGUUUUAGAGAGUAUUCCUACUCUUUUCUUCAAGCAGGAUUGUCAUCUCACAUUUGAUAUAUUUAGAUUGUGUCAGAGUUUUCAAUUCAGAAGUUGUCUUCUAGAUUGUACUAUGGUACACAUGUGAUAAAACGGCCUUCUUGUGCACCCUUCCACA